GGACCAGCACCGCGUUCACAUCGGUUUUGCUCAUCAAAAUACCCCAUAUUGGUUAUCUAACAGGUUGACAACGAAUACCCUUUAUUACUUCACUGCACCUAAUUUGUGCAACUUUCUUGAGAGCAUUUAAUUCAUGCACUGUACUUUAUUGCACCGAUUGCACCUAGUUCGUGCAAUCUUGUCCGUAACGCUUUAGUUCGUGCUAUUUUCUCCAAACGACUCGUUCGUUUACAAUCAUUAAACACAUUUUGUGUAUACCUUCUUUUAAUUCUGGAUACGUUGUCUACUCACCUUUGUAAAUACCCAACUUAUGCCUACAUUUCUGGACAAAUCUCUUCAAUCAACAACGAAUUAACACUGCUUCUUUACUUUUCAAAUCCUUCCAAUACAAGGCUACUCGCGUUAUAAAACCACGAUUAUCCUUGCAGUUUCAAUUAAUUUUCUUAUCCUACCUUAUUUAUUAUAAUUAUCUUUCAAAUAUAUCUUUUCUCCACAAAGACUUGAAGUCUGAUCCUUUGGACGACUCAUCCGAGCCAACCCUCACAUUAUACAAAAAGAGAUAAAAGAUUAUUGACAGUACUGAGCUAAUUUCGAAACGCACUCUGGUAUUGUAUUGGCAUAAAUCAGUAAAAAGUGGUAGCAUUGGUCAGAUCUAAUAAGGAGUGUGAUAAUCCGACUUUGUAUCGGAAUAUUAUUGUUACGAGAGCAAAAUUGUUGGUAGCUUGAGUUCCCCGCGAUAAUCUGAAAUUGUUAUGUCCGUUGAUUUGUCGACACUACAGCUGAGCUUAUACUCUAACCUUAAACCUGUACUACAUCAAUACAUCAUCGGUUUGUCGUAGGCACAGUUUAAGAGAGAUGGGAAAAAAAAGAAAUGUUCCAAACCUUGCAGCGAGUCGACUGAAGGUAGAAGUAAAGGACGAGCUAGUCGCACGCGACAGGCUAAAAGGGGCUCUGAGAGAACUUCUUCAACACAGUGACUCUGGUUCAUCUGCCGAAUCCAGUGAAGAGAGCUCUUCCCAGGAGUACAAACCUCAAAUAAAAAAAUUUAGGGAAUCAAUGAUUCCGUCGAAAACAAUGAGAUAUCAGCAAGCCAAAAAAAUGCGACGCAGGCGCCAGGCUCCAAUGGACACAGCAUUUCACCACAGUUAUGUUAUGAAGCUGUUUGAUCGGAGCGUUGACCUAGCUCAGUUCCAAGAGGAUACGCCCUUAUAUCCUAUUUGUAGAGCUUGGAUGGCAAAUCAACCACGCAAUCCUAAUCUUGUUCCUAAAAUUCGCAGUCCAAGUCCUGAGGUACUGAAUGAAGUCAAUGCAAACAACACUUUAUUCGAUUCAGACAGCGACGUACACGAUGUCUAUUCCUUGCCAGCACCUCUUCCACGAGAAGAAGUAUGGCCUCGAAAUCGUGUCCCAUCUCCCAUAACAUUGCCCAAGGAAGAACUUCAUUUGGACUAUGAACGCCAUACACCAAAAUCACGAGAAGUUCUUAUGAGAGACCAUAUUAAUCACUGGACCUUAGUAAGAAAGAAAUGGCAUCAGCGAGCUCAUAACAAUGAACAACGAUUUGAACAAAGUGCAAACAUCUUGGGCACCAUGUUCCGGAGGUUUUUCAGCAGGAAGGUACUCUGUUCAUGAACAACGGAAACGAGCAAUUUUUCAAGGGUAAAAUUACUUUUUUGCAAACAGGUUGUAAUUUGUUGAAUCUGUAGUAUUUUAAAGAGCAAUUAUUUUUAUAGCAAGCUGGCGAAAAGGCAUUGAUUGAAGUACAUCAGAGUUUGCUGGAGGAGUUACAAGAUUUUCCGGAAUUACUGUGAACCAUUUGUUCAUAUGUGUUUCAUACUCUGAGAAAUCACAAAAUAUCAGAGUACGAGUAUUCACAAGUGGACAAAAAAAACUAUUUGACCCCAGAAUUAACGAAAAUAAGGUUUGCAUAAAAUUAAUUCUGAAAUAUUUGCUUAUAUUUACAGCGAAAUAUUGCCAAGACACUGAGAAACGCGUUAAUAUUUGAAAAGAGGAAAUUUCAUUUGUUCGAAAUUCGAAUGUCAAAUUGAUCUUGGCAACAAUUCAAUAUUCAAUCUUAUAACGUUUUCUUUGGACACUUGUGCAUAAAAAAGUCGAUGAUUCUACCUUUUCCUUAAAAUUGUACUUUAAAUGUUUUUCAGUAUAUUGUCAACAGUUUGGGUAUCACACACAGUGGUAAAGUAACAAUUAGUAAAACUACCUUGAAUUUU